AUGGGAUGUUCGACUUCCAAGCUGGAGGAUGAAGAUGCCGUCCGGCUCUGCCAUGACAGGAAGAACUUCAUCAGACAAGCUAUCGAGCAGAGAGACCGAUUUGCUGAUGGCCACACUGCCUACAUCCAGUCUCUGAUGCGAGUCUCCCUUGCUCUACGUAAUUAUGUUGAUGGUGAUGAAUAUAAUUUCUUCUUCACUUCCUGCAAGACUUCCCCAUCACAUCCUAUCAGAAGUUUUAACCCAGAGAUCAUCAUGAUUCCUAUGAAACCUUUUACACCAAAGCAAAAGCAACAUGAGAAAAGCACCUGUUCUUCACCGAAUUACAUGAAAGCAGGAGGGAAUCCACUGAUCUCCGUGGAGGAACGGUGUGAGUCACCAGCAAAUAAGAGCAAGGAAUGCUGUUAUAUCGCAUGGCAGAAUGGUGCUGAUGGAUACUUUGCUGCAGAGGCUCCGACCUCGGAUGCAGAUGCCUCAUUCCUCUCUUCACCAUAUGAAAGACUGAGGCAUCCACCAGCAUCACCUCAGGCUUCACAAUUGGACUUCUUUUGGAACCCAUUCUCAUCUUAUGGAUACUCCUAUGGGAACAGUCUUGAUGAGGUUCUGCUUGAUGGUAAUACCCAUGGGCAAAGGAAGAUUUGGGAAGAUGAAGGGGUACCUGCACUGGAAGGACAGGCUGACAAGAAUGAGAAGGCACGAAUGAAGAAGGGGGGUAAGAUUAAUAUUAAGCCCACUGCUGGUAAACAACCAGCUGAUGCCUAUAAACAGAAAGAAAAUAUGGAUGAUAUGAAGGAAUUCUGGUUGCAAGGUUGGCAGAGGAGUACUGAAGUAUCAGAAACUCAAAAUGCAGCAGAACUCCUAAUCGAUAAUGAUCAGGGAAUUGUCAGAGAUAGAAAUAGCUCACAGGAAACUCCCGGUUUCACUGUUUACAUAAACAGAAGACCAACAAGCAUGGGAGAGGUCAUGAAGGAUAUUGAAGCCCAAUUUGUCAGAAUUUGCAAUUCUGCUAGUGAACUCUCUACAUUCUUCGAAGUCAGCAGCACUCAACCCUCUUCAUCCUCGCUACAAGCUGCUAUGGCUCCUUCAACAUCUUCACACAUGGAGGAAUCUCGUGCGGUCCCUGGAAGCCACAAGUCAACACUGGAUAGACUGUAUGAAUGGGAGAAGAAGCUAUAUGAUGAAGUAAAGUGUGGAGAACGUGCACGAAUAGAAUAUGAAAAGAAGUGCAUGCAGCUGAAGAUUCAAGAUGUGAAUGAAGAUGAGGCUUUUGUCGUCGAUAAGACUAGUUCUUCUUUAAGAGAUCUCCAAACUCGACUUAGGGUUUCCAUAAGUUCCACUGCAUACAUAUCAGAAAGAAUUGAGACAUUACGGGACCAGGAAUUGCACCCUCAGGUUCUGGAAUUGAUCCAAAAGUUAGCAAGCAUGUGGAGGACCAUGGCGGAGUGCCACCGGAUACAGAAGCAUACGAUAGACGAGGCCAAGCUCCUCCUUUUCUCGCCCUCCGUCGCUGCCGUAUCCGCCGGGAUACCACCGCCGAGACCUUCCCGCUUCGCUGCCGCACUCGAGGCGGAGCUCCGGAACUGGGCCUCUUGCCUCGCGACCUGGAUCGAAGCCCAGCGGUGCUAUGCCCGCGCCCUCGCCGGCUGGAUCCGCCGGUGCGCCCCGCCUACGCUCGACGCCGCGGCCUCCACGCCAAGCCGCUCCACCAUGGGUGCGCCACCGGCAUACGGCGCAUGCGUCCGGUGGUCCCGGAUGGUGGACUCGGUGAGCGAGGCGGCGGCGAUCGACGGGGUGGAGAUGUUCGCGGCGGGUGUGGCGUCGGUGGCGGCCGGGCAGAGGAGGGAGGGUGUGGCCGAGGUGGAAGAGGCUGUGGGGGGGCGGGCGGCCGAGCUGGGGCCGAAGGUGGUGUGCGCGGGGCUGGCGGUGGCCGUCGGAGCGGUGGCCGAGUUGGCGGUCAACUCAGCGGAGGGAUAUGACGAGUUAGUGUAACGAGUUUGGAUUCGGUUUGAAUUGGUUGGGGCUCCGUUUCGUGUAAUAGAAUUUUGGCGUUCUAUCAUAUCCUAAAAAAAUGAAUUCAUGAAAAAAAUGCCCUUUUAAGUUUUUUUAUGGAGAAGUACCUCA